UGGCGGGCGCAUGCGCAAACCGGCGGAGAGAAUCAACAGUGACUAGCUAGCUUCUCGUAUCGUUCAGUCAAUUUAGACCUGUGCUUUCGCUGACUGUUGUAAACAGUUGUUGUUUAACAGUUACUCGUUUCUACCGAGCGGGAUUAACGUGUCCGAGGCGUGAAAGAAUAUGCCAAAAAAUAAAGGUAAAGGAGGAAAGAACCGGCGACGUGGAAAGAACGAGAAUGAGUCUGAGAAGAGAGAGCUGGUGUUCAAAGAGGAUGGACAGGAAUAUGCUCAGGUGAUUAAAAUGCUGGGGAACGGACGUCUGGAGGCCAUGUGCUUUGAUGGAACCAAGCGGCUUUGCCACAUCAGAGGAAAACUCCGGAAAAAGGUUUGGAUUAACACGUCGGACAUCAUCCUGGUCGGACUGAGAGAUUACCAGGAUAACAAAGCUGAUGUCAUCCUCAAGUACAACGCGGACGAGGCUCGCAGUUUGAAAGCCUACGGAGAGCUGCCAGAGCACGCCAAAAUCAACGAGACAGACACCUUCGGGCCUGGAGACGACGACGAGAUCCAGUUCGAUGACAUUGGCGAUGAUGAUGAGGACAUUGAUGAUAUCUAAAGACCUGCCACUAGAGGGGGGAGGUGGGAUUUUACUAGAGACGCUCCGAUUGGGACGUUUGAGCCGAUGCACCGAUAAUGAUUAUUUUAAGAUCAGCCUAUGCCAAUCCAAUACACUUUAUUAAUAUACAGUAUGUUUCAAUUUAUUCCAGUUUGUUAACCAUCAGUAGACGUCUUUGUUGUUUGGAGGACUUUCAGGUAGGGGGGGGGGAAACGACACCAGUACUUUUGAGUUUGUUAAGAUGAAUGAACAUGAAUGAUGCUGCUUUAGUAAGACUGUCUCAGUUAUCACUCGUAGCAACUGGAGGGCGAUGCAGCAGGCUGCCUGGUGAUGGGCGGUGAUGCAGACAGUUUGUUUCCUUUGCCUUCAUGCAGUUGGAUUGGAGAAUCAGAGUAGGCUGAUCACCAGCGUCACAUUCAGGGUGAAGAUCUGGAGCAUUGCUAGAUUUUUACCCUUUUACUUCUAACACCAACAAAACGGCUAAUUUGCCGUCUCAUUUGCGGAGGUUUUCUUUCUUUAUAUAUAUAUUUUUUUUCUUCUUGUAUUGUCCGAGGAACAUUCUCGAACUAUUUAGAGGAGGCUCACGCCAACACCAUGACUGCAAAAUAUCUCACACCAAAUGCGUCAUCUUUUUAAAAAAUGUAUUUAUAUUGACUUCACACUAUGUGGAAUUCAGCAACAAAUACAGAAUCUCUGGAUUCACUAAUAAAAAGAUAAACAAUUUUGGGUUUAUUUUGGUUUUCUUUUUCCCUUUGGCAGUCCUGUGUCAUUGUAGCUGUAGCCUGUAAGACAGUUAAUAAAGUUUUAGACAGUUUGAAAGCUGUUUAUUAAUGACAGAAGAAAGAAAAUAACACUUGAGUUAUGGCUUUGUAUCUUGUGUUUUCAUUAUGUUUACGUCAUAUCCCGCAGACAACGUAUUACAAUGAACUAUUUGCUCGUUUUGGGUUGAACCAUGGCCGAAUGAAGGCGAUCCCUCUCCCCUGGAAUCUAAAGAAGAAUCAAAAUGUAUUUUUGUAUUGUUUCCCUUAUUUGUGUUUCUGUCUGUUUCCCGUUUCCAUGUUCUGUUUUGAACUCUUGGCUGCACACACAGUGACGCUCGGCCCGUUCGGCCGCUCUGUCUCAUGCUGGACCAGCGGUUCCCAAACCUUAAUGACUCUCACGCAGACACACACACACCAGUAAAACCUCAGAACCUCUAGAAAAUCUAAUAACUGAUACAUAUAUAGUACUUUAUCCCCCACCCCCACCCCACCCCUCCUCUGGAAACUCCUCCAUGUUCCCUGAGGGGGCCUAGCACCUCAGUUUGGGAACCACUGCUCUAGACCACAUGGGGCCUGUUGCUGUAACUCUGAAUUAAUAAAAAAUGUACCAUGAUGUUUGAAGGCUGGGUUUCCAAUAAAGAUCUUAACUCCA